AUGAAACGUAACUGGAAAAUUACAGCUUUCUUUUACGUGUGUAGUUUUCUGUGGUCUUUCAUCUCAGCCACCAUCCAGCAACAAUCAAGACUACCAGUCAUUCUGGGUGCCAGUCGGAGAACCGAUCUCUGCCCAACAAUCAGGAUUGGCCAAGAUGACUUACCAGGCUUUGACCUGAUUUCUCAGUUCCAGAUAGAAAAAGCUGCUUCCCAAGGAAUUAUCCAGAGAGUAGCAGGCUCCACUUCUCUACAAGUGGCUUAUAAAUUGGGACCCAAUGUAGACUUCAGGAUCCCAACCAGUGCCAUAUAUUCCAACGGAUUGCCCGAUGAAUAUUCCUUUUUAACUACUUUUCGGAUGACUGGGGCCACACUUCAGAAAUACUGGACUAUUUGGCAGAUUCAGGAUUCUUCGGGAAAAGAACAAGUUGGAGUGAACCUUAAUGGCCAAAUGAAAAGCGUUGAGUUUUCUUAUAAAGGAGUGGAUGGAAGUCUUCAAACUGCAUCAUUUUUGCAUUUGCCUUUCUUGUUUGACUCCCAGUGGCACAAACUUAUGAUAAGUGUGGAAGCAAACAGUGUCACACUUUUUAUUGACUGUAUUAAAAUAGAAUCCUUAAACAUAAAACCAAAAGGGAAAAUCAGCACUGAUGGCUUUGCUGUGCUUGGAAAACUUAAAAAUAAUCCUGAAAUUUCAGUUCCGUUCGAAAUCCAGUGGAUGGUGAUUCACUGCGACCCCCUGCGACCCCAGCGCGAAGGCUGCGGCGAGCUGCCGGCCCGGAUAAGCCAGACGGUAAUCGAGAGAGGUCUCCCCGGUCCACCAGGCCCCCCAGGUCCGCCAGGGCCACCAGGAGUUCCCGGCAUUGAUGGCAUUGAUGGGGAGAGAGGUCCGAACGGCCCCCCGGGUCCUCCGGGCCCAGAUGGGGAUGCAGGGAAACCAGGAUCCCCUGGCCUGCCUGGAGAAUCUCUAAGAGGAAAUGGGCUUGCCAUGAGUGAAAACCGUGUGACCUUUGCAUUAACAUUGUAUACAUUGCUUCCAAAGGGAUUCACAGGACCUGACGGCUCACGUGGAGCCACAGGACCAAAAGGACAGAAGGGUGAGCCAGGACUGCCAGGUGCUCGUGGACUUCCAGGCAAGGGGCUUCUUGGACCACCUGGUCCAGCCGGUGCAGCAGGACUUCCUGGGGAAGUAGGUCGUGCUGGUCCACCUGGAGAUCCAGGAAAAAGAGGGCCACCAGGGCCACCGGGACCCCCAGGCCCUCGGGGAACAAUCGGCCUGCAAGAUGGUGAUCCAUUGUGUCCCAAUGCUUGUCCGCCUGGCCGCCCAGGACACGCUGGCUUAAUGGGAAUGAAGGGACAGAAAGGUUCAAAAGGAGAGUCUGGUGAACCAGGAAAACAAGGUUAUAAGGGUGAAGAAGGGGACCAAGGACCCAGUGGUGAAGUGGGAGCUCAAGGCCCUCCAGGCAUCCUAGGUGUCAGAGGUAUAACUGGUAUCAUGGGACCUAAAGGUACCAAAGGAGCUCGUGGACUUGAUGGUGAUCCUGGUCCCCAAGGUCUUCCUGGUGCACCUGGGGAUCAAGGACAGAGAGGUCCACUGGGAGAGGCAGGUCCGAAGGGAGAAAGGGGCCCUCAAGGUACAAGAGGGAUAAAUGGUCUCCCUGGGCCUAAAGGAGAGUCUGGCUUGCCAGGAGUUGAUGGCCGGGAAGGGAUCCCUGGAAUGCCUGGAGCAAAAGGUGAACCAGGAAAACCCGGAGCUCCAGGUGAUGCAGGGCUUCAGGGUCUGCCAGGUUUACCAGGCUCUCCAGGUGUGAAAGGCGUUCCUGGCCCAAAGGGUAAUAGAGGUCCCCCUGGGGUGCCAGGUUUGAUGGGAAAUUCUGGUAAACAGGGUGAACAGGGGCCAGAGGGAGAAGCAGGUCCAACAGGACCCCGGGGACCACCAGGUAGCAGAGGGGAGCCAGGUCCUGCGGGUCCUCCAGGUUUACCAGGGAAAUGGGGUCCCCAGGGUGAUAUUGGACUUCCUGGACUGCCAGGUCCUCCAGGCCUGCCUGGUGGUAAGGGUGACCGGGGUUCAGUGGGUGAACCAGGACCUAAGGGUGAACAAGGUGCACCUGGAGCAGAAGGAGACGGAGGAGAAAAGGGUGACUUGGGUGAUAUGGGAUUACCAGGAGCAAAGGGAGCUGUUGGUAAUCCUGGAGACCCUGGUUCCCGUGGGCCUGAGGGAAGUCGGGGACUGCCUGGCAUGGAAGGGCCACGAGGCUCACCUGGACCACGAGGCUUGCAGGGUGAACAGGGUGCCCCAGGUCUGCCUGGCAGCCAAGGUCCAGCUGGAAAAGAACCAACUGAUCAGCACAUUAAGCAGGUUUGCAUGAGAGUCAUGCAAGAACAACUAGCUCAGCUGGCAGCCAGUCUUAGGAGGCCAGAAUUUGGUGCUCCAGGUCUUCCUGGCCGACCAGGGCCACCAGGUGCUCCAGGGCCUGCUGGCGAAAAUGGCUUCCCAGGACAGCUUGGACCACGUGGCUUGCCUGGCCUUAAAGGUCCCCCUGGUGAGAUCGGUCGUAAAGGUCCUAAAGGUGAACCAGGAGAAAGAGGAGAAAGAGGAUUUCCAGGCAGAGGACUGAAAGGUUACCCUGGACCAAGAGGUCUUCCAGGUGAACCAGGCAAACCCAGCUAUGGCAGGGAAGGCCGUGAUGGUGAACGAGGGCUCCCUGGAGUGGCUGGUCAGCCUGGGGUUCCUGGUCCUCCUGGCCCUCCCGGCCCUCCCGGGUACUGCGAGCCGUCGUCUUGCCGAGUGCAGGCUGGACAGAGAGCUGGUAAGAACAUGAAAGGGCCAUGA